ACAUGCGCUGAGAGUGGCGAUUCAGCUCAUUUACUUCCUCAUCUGAAUGUUUCGUCGCAGCGGGGAGCCUUUCUUUCUCCGCUUUGAAAACCUUUCACCUGAUUAACUUGUUUUAUGAACACUUUAACCUCAGUUUCUUCCCUUAUAUUUAUACUUUCAUAACUUGUUGGCGUAUGGGACGGAACGUAUUUUCUCCAUUCUACUAUGGAUGAGGAGAGAGAGGAGGGGGAUUCUACCCCUAAGACCGCUCUGUCUGGGGAACUCGGCCCCCGGAGCAAAGCUAAGAGAGUCCAGCAGCAGAGAGCAGACUCCCCUGGACCCAGCUGUGUCUCCAUGAAGAGUGACCGGUCUAUGGAUGUACCUGUUAAGUUUAAAGAUGGAAAUCCGUCGAUUGAAAAGAGAAGAGUCCAGCAGCAGAGAGCAGACUCCCCUGGACCCAGCUGUGUCUCCAUGAAGAGUGACUGGUCUAUGGAUAAACCUCCUGAGCUUAAAGAUGGACGGCCCUCCAGAGAGGAGAGCCCAGAGCAGCAGCAGAGAGCAGACUCCCCUGGACCCAGCUGUGUCUCCAUGAAGAGUGACCGGUCUAUGGAUCUACCUUUGUCCUUUAAAGAUGGAAAUCACCAACCUUCUAUGGAAAGACACCAGGAGAGGUCAAAGGUCACCAGUGCUCAGUCUGUACAGCAGCAUCAAACAGAGCUGGAGAUGAACCAGGAGGAACUGGCCGACACACUGGGGGGCGGAUCUGAUGCUGUCGAGUGCCAACAUAAAAUCAAGUCUCGUUUGACAAAGAAGUUCAGGUGUGUGUUUGAGGGAAUCGCUAAAGCAGGACAGCGAACAGAUCGGAAGGACUUCUACACAGAGAUUUUCAUCACAGAGAGAGGCAGUGGAGAGGUCAACAAGGAACAUGAGGUCAGACUGAUUGAAACAUCUUCCAGGAAACCAGCCAAGGAGGAAACACCAAUCAGAUGUGAGGACAUCUUUAAACCCUCACACGGAAAAGAUCAAGCAAUCAGGACAAUAAUGACAACUGGAGUGGCCGGCAUUGGUAAAACCGUCUUAACACACAAGUUCACGCUGGACUGGGCUGAAGGAAAAACCAAUCACGACAUUCACUUCACAUUUCUCCUAACUUUCAGAGAGCUGAAUUUACUGAAAGAGAAAGAGUUUAGCUUGGUGGAACUUCUUCAUCGCUUCUUUAUUGAGACCAAAGAAGCAGGAAUCUGCAGAUUCCACCGGUUCCAAGUUGUCUUCAUCUUGGAUGGUCUGGAUGAGUGUCGACUUCCUCUGGACUUCCAGAACAACCCAAUCUGGACUGAUGUCACAAAGUCCACCUCGGUGGACGUGCUGCUGACAAACCUCAUCAGGGGCGACCUGCUCCCCUCCGCUCGCAUCUGGAUAACCACACGCCCUGCGGCAGCCAAUCAGAUCCCUGCUGAGUGUGUUGACAUGGUGACAGAGGUGAGGGGGUUCACCGACCCACAGAAGGAGGAGUACUUCAGGAAGAGAUUCAGAGAGGAGACGCUGGCCCGCUCAAUCAUCUCCCACGUCAAGAAAUCACGAAGCCUCCACAUCAUGUGUCACAUCCCAGUCUUCUGUUGGAUCACUGCUACAGUUCUGGAGGACUGCUUCAAAACAUCCCAGAUAGGAGAAGAGACACCCAAGACCGUGACUCAGAUGUACAGCCACUUCCUGAGGGUUCAGUCCAUACAGGGGGACAGGAAGUACCAUGGGAGAGCUGAAACAGAUCCACACUGGAGUUCAGAGAGCAGGGAGAUCAUUGUUUCACUGGGAAAACUGGCUUUUAACCAGCUGGAGAAAGGCCACCUGAUCUUCUACGAGGCAGACCUUGCAGAGUGUGACAUCGAUAUCAGAGCAGCCUCAGUGUACUCAGGAGUGUUCACCCAGAUCUUUAAAGAGGAGUGUGGGCUUUACCAGGACAAAGUGUUCUGCUUUGUCCAUCUGAGCAUCCAGGAGUUUCUGGCUGCCCUUUAUGUUUUUCAUUCCUUCAUCAACACUGGGGUCAAUCUGCUCUCAGAAGAACAACCAACCCGAAGGAAAGUUACAUUUGUCCUCUACAAGAGUGCAGUGGACAAGGCCAUACAGAGUGAGAACGGACACCUGGACUUGUUCCUCCGCUUCCUCCUGGGCCUCUCUCUGGAGACCAAUCAGAUUCUUCUACGAGGUCUGCUGCGAAAGACAGGAAGUAGAUCACUGACCCCUCGGAUUAAACCAGGUCUGCUGACACAAAAAGGAAGGGGCUCACAUACCAAUGAAAAAACAGUGUCUUACAUCAAGGAGAAGCUAGAGGAAGAUAUCUUUCCAGAAAGAAGCAUUAAUCUGUUCCACUGUCUUAAUGAGCUGAACGAUCGUUCGCUAGUGGAGGAGAUCCAACAGUCCCUGACAUCAGGAACACUCUCUAAAGGACCUCUCUCUACUGCUCAGUGGUCAGCUCUGGUCUUCAUCUUACUGACAUCAGAAGAGGAGCUGGACGUGUUUGACCUGAAGAAAUUCAAAGCUUCAGAGGAUGGUCUUCUGAGGCUGCUGCCAGUGUUCAAAGCCUCCAAAACGUAUCUGCUUCAUGGCUGUCAUCUGUCAGAGAGAUGCUGUGAAGCUCUGGCCUCAGUUCUGAGCUCCAACUCCUCUAGUCUGAGGGAGCUGGACCUGAGUACCAAUAAUCUGCAGGAUUCAGGAGUGAAGCUGCUCUCUGCUGGACUGGGGAGUCCACACUGUACACUGGAAACUCUCAGGCUUAAUGGCUGUCAUCUGUCAGAGACAUGCUGUGAAGAUCUGGCCUCAGUUCUCAGCUCCAACUCCUCUAGUCUGAGAGAACUGGACCUGAUUAGCAAUGAUCUGCAGGACUCAGGAGUGAAGCUGCUCUCUGCUGGACUGGGGAGUCCACACUGUACACUGGAAACUCUCAGGCUUAAUGGCUGUCAUCUGUCAGAGACAUGCUGUGAAGCUCUGGCCUCAGUUCUCAGCUCUAACUCCUCUAGUCUGAGAGAGCUGGAUCUGAGUACCAAUGAUCUGCAGGAUUCAGGAGUGAAGCUGCUCUCUGCUGGACUGGGGAGUCCACACUGUGCACUGGAAACUCUCAGGCUGACUGGCUGUCAUUUGUCAGAGAGAUGCUGUGAAGCUCUGGCCUCAGUUCUCAGCUCCAACUCCUCUUGUCUGAGAGAGUUGGACCUGAGUACCAACGAUCUGCAGGAUUCAGGAGUGAAGCUGCUCUCUGCUGGACUGGGGAGUCCACACUGUACACUGGAAACUCUCAGGUCAGUUUUACUCAAUGGUACUCAAACAGUUACACCACAAGUUCUACAUCAGAGGACAGUUAUAAACCCAUCUUAUAACUCAGUACCUGUGAUGACCACAUCCAUGACUUUGUAUCAUUGAAGAUGUAACACCUUGUUGUUUCGGUGGAUAUUCUAAUACAUCCAUAUGCCUGCAAUCUUUCAAUUAUAAAUAUAAAAUGAACUCAAAAUAUAAUGCUAUUGCCCCCCCACUGUCCCCUGUAUAGGAGACAAUGAUAUUUUAGAGCGGGGUGAAGUACAGGGGGUCUUUGGAGGGUCUUACCCCUAGCUGGACACCUCAGACCCCCUGAAAGCCUCAACAGAAACAUUUUGGAGGGUCUCUGGAAAGAAUGAUUUGAAACUUGCAAUCGUCAAACAAAACGUGUUUUAAAGCUUACUAUGUCCAGUACUCAUUAUUUAAAUAGCUUUACUCACUAAUAUGAAUAGGAUACAGAAUAACUUGUUAUAUUGUGUACCCAGUGAAGCGACAAACUCAUCAAAGCUCUAUUCAUUAUGAACUAAUAAAUAAGGAAAGCCAAGGAUUAAUACUUGUUAAUUGAUAGUUAAGUCCAGCUGUAUUUCAACAGCUGUAAGCAGUGGUGUAGUGGUUCUGGGAGAAGUGGUGAUACUCUAAAUGUCUUGAAGCGCCCUGUGUUAUAAAACGUAACAUUGGGAAUACUCUUGCAUCUUUAGUGCACCCAUAAACGGGCCAGUAAUGUUGGCACAUUGUCACUUAACUUCUGCUGCUUGGCCAGGAUUGACUUUGCAUCAGUCCUGGCUCACAGACUAUAGGGUGAGACCACUACAUUAUUAUGCAUUCU